CGCUGCAAACUCAGAGUAUCGUCAGUCUCGUAAGAACUUUCGUGGCGUACGGAGUUAUCGGAUAGCAGAACUAAACAACCUAACUCUGUAAAUUGUAUACAACUGUGAACUUAUCAUAAAAUUGUCAUUUUAACAGAAAUUAGAUAAUACGAGCAUGUCACAGCCAGUCCAAACAAACGGAGUAAUAAAAGGGUUUACGUUGAACGAAAAGGACACAACGAAUAAAGGUUCCUAUUAUGCGAGUUGUAGCGAAACUGGUCGCGAUGGACCAGACCAAGUCUUACCCGCCGAUAACUUUAUAACAACGAAACCAGAUGGACGUGUGCGAAUAGAAUUAAAUGAAGAAUAUAGUAAUUCAGAGCCGCCCAUAUCAAUUCCUGGAUUAUUCUCAAAGAUAGCUAAGACAUAUCCUGAUCACAUAGCUUUGGUAUCAAGACCUGAUGCAGAGAAUCAUAGCAAAACAUAUACAUAUAAGCAAUAUGAAUAUCAAGUGAGAACUGUGGCCAAAGCAUUCAUCAAAUUGGGUUUAGAACGAUAUCACGGGGUUUGUAUUCUGGGAUUUAAUAGUCCAGAAUGGUUUUUUUCCGAUCUCGGCGCUAUAUAUGCUGGAGGACUUGCUGCUGGAAUAUAUACUACCAAUAGUCCAGAGGCAUGUCAACAUUGUGCUAUAACCAGCAAUGCAAAUAUAAUAGUUGUUGACGAUUCGAAACAGUUACAAAAAAUACUACAAAUAAAGCACAACCUUCCCAAUUUAAAAGCAAUUGUUCAAAUCGAAGGUGUACCAGAGCAAAAAGACGUUCUGAGUUGGGAUGAUUUAAUUCAAAUUGGUGAAAAAGAAUCUGACGAUAAAUUAAAUGAACUUUUAAAAACAAUUGCGGUAAACGAAUGCUGUACUCUGGUUUAUACGUCUGGUACAGUUGGAAAUCCAAAGGCUGUGAUGCUAAAUCAUGAUAACUUUAUACAAAAUAUACGAGCUACGAAUAAUGUUAUGAAAUUGAAAUUCAAAAAUGAAAUUAUAAUUAGUUAUUUACCAUUAUCUCACGUUGCAGGGCAGGUAAUCGAUAUAUUCUACAGCAUUUACGCAGUCGCCACAAUAUAUUUUGCAGAUAAGGAUGCUUUUAGAGGCAGCUUAAUUAAUACUAUGGUCAAAGUAAGACCAACCACGUUUAUAGGUGUGCCAAGGGUAUGGGAGAAAAUUCAUGAAAGAAUGCAAGCAGUUGCAGGUAAUAGCGGGUUUAUUAGAAAAUGGAUUAUUUCGUGGGCAAAAGCACAGGCACUUCAUUAUAAUAUAAAUAAAAUGAAUGGUAAUGAUCACAAACACUGGGGCUACAUAUUUGCUAAGUGGCUAAUUUUUAACAAAGUAAGGGCAUUGCUUGGUUUGGAUAGAUGUAACCUGCAAUUUACUGCAGCUGCACCUUUAAGUAGUGAAAUCAAACAGUACUUUAUGAGUUUAGAUAUUGUUCUACUCGAAAUAUAUGGUAUGUCUGAAUGUACUGGUCCGCAUCUUUGCAGCACACCUGAAAAUUUCAGAUUAGGUAGUAUUGGUCGAACUAUACCUGGAUUUUAUACAAAGUUGGCUAAUCCAGACAGUAACGGCGAAGGAGAAAUUUGUAUGCGCGGGCGAAACGUAUUUAUGGGAUAUCUAAAUGACCCUGAAAAAACAGCAGAGACAUUGGAUGCAGACGGAUGGUUACAUAGCGGUGAUUUGGGCAAAAUUGAUUCAUGUAAUUACAUAUAUGUUACAGGAAGAAUAAAAGAAUUAAUUAUCACUGCUGGUGGAGAAAAUAUACCUCCAGUUCAUAUAGAAAACCUAGUACUAGCUGAAUUACCUGUAUUAAGCAAUGCUUUACUAAUUGGAGAUAAACAAAAAUAUCUUACUAUAUUGGUUACUUUAAAGACUGAAAUAAAUAGUGAUACUGGUGAACCAAAAGAUAACUUCACUGAGGCUACUUUAAAAUGGUUACAAUCUAUUGGGAGUACAUCAGAAACUGUUUCAGAUGUGUUGAAAACACAUGAUUCACUUGUAUAUAAAGAAAUUGAUAAAGCAAUUAAAAGAGCAAAUACUAAAGUUAUAAGCAAUGCACAAAAAAUACAAAAGUUUCGAAUUUUGCCACACGAUUUCUCACUUUUUACUGGAGAGUUGGGACCAACACUUAAAAUUAAAAGGAAUGUUGUUACUAAGAUGUACGAAAAUUUAAUAGAAGAUAUGUAUAAAUAAAUACACGUGGAAAUCUUACUUAUAAAUAUACAAAAAGAAAAAAAAACAGGACGAAAAAGGAAAAAUAUUUCCGAAGCAAAUACUGAAAUUACUCUUAAUAUACCUGCAUAAAGUGUUUUAAUACUUAAAAUUGUGAAAUUACACAAUUACAAAAACUCUGGUACAAUAUUAAUUUCAAUUAUAAAAUAUUUUAUAAAAGUUUAAUUUCAUAAAUCUCAUAAGAUUCUUUAUUUUCUUAUUAUAGUAUAUAUACAUAUAAAUUAUUUUUUUUUAAAUU